AUGAAGCUCUCCGCUGCAAUCCUCACCUCGCUCCUCGCCGCCACCGCGGCUGCCGCGUUCGACAAGAACCAACCAUGGGGAAAGCGUGACUACGCCUGUAUCAACGUUUACCAGGGCAUUCCCGACCACUCGGCCGUCACCGAGGGCCAAACCGUGCACUUGCGUUUCAACCGCCAGCCCACACCUCGCUGCAGCGACCCACUGGCCAAGUACCCGGCUAGCAAGUACAGCGUUUGGCUGUACAACAACCCCGUCCGCAAUCUCGACACCAUCAACUUCGACGAACAGAUCAAGAUUGCCGACAACAUUCCCGGUACCGCCGGUACGGUCAAUGUCAAGAUCCCCGCCAACCUGCCCAAGGUCAAGAAUGGUGAUGUGUGGUAUCUGAGACUCGACACCUCUCUGAACACUGCCCCUCAGAUGCCCACCCUUUUCAACGCUGCCGGACCCUUCACCAUUCACGACGCUUAA